AUGGCCAUCAUGGCAUUGGCGCGCGAGCGGACAGUCUCCGCGUGUCUUCCCUCCGCGUACCGUCUCUCCUACCUUCUUCUCCGCACCAUUCACCGCCAUUCUUGCGUCCCCCCGCCUUCCGCCGCUUCCCCUUCCGCCACUCUCCGCCUUCUCGCCUCUCCCUCCCCCUCUCCGCUGCUCCCCCUUCCGCCGUCUGCUCCACCCGCGCGCGCAGCCGUCUGCAUUCCUCAUUCCGCCCAGCGCUCGCCUGACGCUCCUUCCCAGCUCACUUCCGCCUCGACUUCCGCCAUCCCCUCUAUUCUAGCCCCGUCUGCUUCCGCGCUCCCCCCGCUACAAUCACAACCGCAAGGCAUAUUUCCAUGCCGAACCUGGCCUCAAACCUACCGAGGUUCGGCAGCCUCGGUCCUCUCCUCACCCGUCCGAACCUCCAGCUUCGGCAUCAACGCCGCAAGGAGCUUCACCGCAGCAGCGGACGGCGCGGUGGGAAACUCGGGGAGCCACCAGCAUAGUCCGGGAAUAGUCGGCAUGCCGGACGAUCGCGAAGCGGCUUUAGACUCGGUAAUUAAAGUGUUCGCCGUCGCGAGCAGCCCUAACUACUGGCUCCCGUGGCAGAGCAAACCGCAGCGCGAGGUGACCGGGUCCGGAUUCGUAGUAUCGGGACGGCGAAUCCUCACGAGCGCGCACGUCGUCGCGGACCACACGUUUGUACUCGUUAGAAGGCACGGAUCCCCUAAGAAGUUCCUCGCUACAGUGGAGGCCGUGGCGCACGACUGCGACCUGGCGCUGCUGUCUGUGAAGGACCCCGCGAGCGUGGGGAGCGGGGAGGGGGGGAUCAACGGCGGGGGGAGCGGGGAUGCGCGCGCGGACAGCGAGGAGUUCUGGGAGGGCAUGCGCGCACUGGAACUGGGGGACGUGCCGCUGCUGCAGGAGUCGAUCGCCGUGGUGGGAUACCCACAAGGGGGGGACAACAUCAGCAUCACCAUGGGCGUGGUAUCGAGAGUCGAGCCCACCCAAUACGUGCACAGCGCGGCGCACCUGCUGGCCAUUCAGAUCGACGCCGCUAUCAACCCCGGCAACAGCGGUGGCCCCGCCCUCAUCAUGGCCCCUGCCGCCCCUCCUGCCGCCCCUCCUGCCGCCCCUGCCUCCUCUGAUGUGGGAGGGGAAGGAGUAGAAGGGCGGAUGGCAGAGGGAGCGGGAGGAGUGGAAGGAGGAUGGGGGAGUGGUGGGGAAGCAGGGGGGGGAGGGAUGGGGAGAGGGGUGUGGGGGGAGGGGGGGGUAAGGGGGAGCAGGGGGGCGGAGGGGGGGCAGCAGAUGGAGUAUCGCGUGGCAGGGCUGGCGUUUCAGAACCUGUCAGGAGCAGAGAACAUCGGCUAUAUCGUCCCAGUGCCCAUCAUCCGUCGUUUCCUAGCAGACGCAUCGCUGGGUCACCGCCGCUUCCCGGGCUUUGCCUCGCUGGGCGUGUCCUGCCAGCCGCUCGAGAACUGGCAGCUGCGGGCGCACCUCAAGAUGCCACGUGGCGCCACGGGAGUGGUCGUGAACGCGGUGCAGCCGCUGAGCGACUCCAGCCGCUGGCUGCGGAAUGAUGACGUGCUCACGGCGUUCGAUGGGGUUCCCAUCGCCAAUGACGGGUCAAUCACGUUCCGCAAGAGGGAGCGCCUCCCCUUUGACUACCUCGUGUCGCUCAAGCCGGUGGGGGAGACCGCCCGCGUGUCGGUGCUGCGGCAUGGGCAGCCCAUGGACUUCCACAUCCGGCUGAAUCCGAUCCCAGCACUGGUGCCAGCGCAGCAGUUCGACAUCUCGCCCUCCUACUUCAUAUUUGCUGGUCUCGUAUUCGUGCCACUCUCCCAGCCCUACCUGCACGAGUACGGCCCCGACUGGUUUAACAGCAGCCCCCGCCGGCUGUGCGAGCGCGCACUGAGAGACAUUCCGUCUAAGCCCAGCCAGCAGAUCGUGAUCCUCUCACGGGUGCUGGCAGAUGAGGUGAACUCGGGUUUCGAGCGGCUGGCGGAAUUGCAGGUCAAGCGAGUCAACGGCAAGGAGGUGGAGAACCUGAGGCAGCUACGGGACGAAGUGCUGCAGUGCACGGACGGCUUUGUCCGAUUUGAUUUGGACGACGACCGUGUGAUUGCUGUCAGCGUCUCUGCUGCCAAGAAGUCAUUCAAAUCCUGCAGUGCUGCUGCAGCGUGCCUCAGCUUCUUCCCAUCUCUUCCUCUCUCUCCCACUCGCCUCCUUUUUUUGGUCCUUUCCCCCGUUUCUGCUCUCCCGUCACUGGCUUCCUCUGCAUGCUCAUGUUGCGCUCUCCCCCAUUGCUCUCUUCAUCUGCAUGCUCUCCCGUCACUGGCUUCCUCUGCAUGCUCAUGUUGCGCUCUCCCCCAUUGCUCUCUUCAUCUGCAUAUUCUUCCACUUCAGGCCAGCGCUCAGAUCCUGAGGCGCUACCGAGUGCCGUGUGCUUCCUCCUGGGACCUGCAACAAGGCGACACAGAGAAGGGCGAGGCAGCGCAUUCACCAGCCAUGGCGUCCCUCUGCGCCUCCCUCGAGGCUGCCUCUCUGGCCAGCAGCGCCACGCUCGCCUCCUCCUCGCGAGCCCUUGUCGCGGCGCGCUCUCCCUGCGUCGCACCGUCGCGCCGUCUAUCGCAUGUCGUCGCCAAGGCCUCGAGCGACGAGUCGAGCGACGGCAAGGCGACGACUCGCAGGGAGCUGAUGCUUCGCUCGUCGUCGGCCGCCAUGCUCGCCGCGCUCUUCCACUUCAGCGGCACGCGCCCGUCGUUUCUGGGCGUGGCCCGCGACCCGCCCGCCUUGGCCCUCUGCCCCGCGUCGCCCAACUGCAUCUCCACAUCCGAGGAGAUCAACGACCCCGGCCAUUAUGUGCCUCCCUGGACGUACAACCCCGAGGAGGGGCGCGGCAGGAAGAACCCCGCCUCGCAGGAGCAGGCAAUGGAGGAGCUCGUGGCGGUGGUGACGGCCACCAAGCCCGAUGGCUUCACGCCAACCAUCAUCACUCGCCGCCCCGACUACCUCUACGUGGAAUAUGAGAGCCCGCUCAUGGGGUAUGUGGACGAUGUGGAGUUCUGGUUCCCCAAGGGCAGCCGCUCCCUGGUGGAGUACCGCAGUGCGUCCCGCAUAGGGGAGAGCGACCUCGAUGCCAACCGCAAGCGCAUCAAGGCGCUGCGGGUGGAGCUGCAGAAGUAUGGCUGGGCUUCCGUGGGCUACUAA